CUGUGGGGGCUGUGGGUGGCUGUGGGGGGCUGUGGGAAUUGGCUUUGGGUUUUUGUUUUCGCGUUCCCGAGCGCCGAGCAGACGUCCGGCGUCCCCUGCGCCCGCCGCGGGCUUGGCAGGAAGGCAGGAAGGCGGCCGGGACCCACUCGCCAUGGAGUCGAGGGGACAUCAGAGCGCCUCCGUGACGCUCAUCCAGAGCCUCUGCGAGCACUCCGACGACGUGAACUGCGUGGCCGCGUCGCGCCACUGCCUCGCCUCCUGCUCCUCCGACAAGACCGUGCGUGCGUACGCGCUCGACUCCCUGCGAGAGACGCCCUUCUCGCCCAUCCGCGCGCACACCUACGCCGUCCACUGCUGCUGCUUCAACGCGGACGGCAGCCUGCUGGCCACCUGCUCCACCGAGGGCACGACCGCCCUGUGGGACGCGCGAACCGGGCAGCGCAUCACCGUGCUGCUGCAGCCCGGCGGAGGCGCCGGGGUCCGCGUCUGCGCCUUCUCUCCGCGCCCUCUCGACGGCGACGCGGGGCAGGCUCCGGCCACAGCGGCGGCUCCAGCCACAGCGGCGGCGGCGGCGCUGCCCGUCGAGUGCCUCCUCUCGGGAUCCACAGACGGCACCCUGGCCAUGUGGGACGUGCGUGCCCAUCGGUGCUUAAAAGUGGCAAGCCUCAAGGACGGCUCUGUGAGUGGCUGUGCCUUCUCGCCCUGUGGCCGGGCAUUCGUGACUGGCUCCACUAUUGGCGAGCUUAGCGUGUGGGACGCUGUGAGCAUGCGCUGCUUGCACACGACCAAAAGUGCACACGAUCUUGGUGUCACUGCCGUCAGCUUCUCCCCACCACCCCGCCCUGUGGCCGGUGUUGAAAGAUUUGAGACGCAGCGGUCAAUAAUGGCCUCCUGUGGUCAAGACAACAAAGUUGCCCUGUGGACACUGGCGCUGGACCGGACCGGAGACUGCCUGACCCUACGCUUCUACCUUGAGGGCCAUACAGCACCUGUGCUCUGUUGCUGCUUCUCCUCAGAUGGACAUGUGCUUGCCUCUGGUUCUGUUGAUAAGUCCGUUAUUCUUUGGAACCCAAUCACCGGAGAAAAGCUCUUAAGCAUUUUGGAGCACCAAAGGUAUGUGACGUCUUGUGCCUUCACGCCUGGGGCUCCUUAUCUCAUUACGGGGUCAAUGGAUAAAACAGUGAAGCUUUGGAGACUGGAGAACACACCUACUUCACAAGUGAGCCCAUGUAUGAGCUGUGGUUUUGGCUUUGGCUGCGGCUGUGACGGAGGGGGUGGCUAUAGUGGGCAUUGCGCUGGCGGGUCGGCAGAUUCAGUGGGACAUCGAGCAGCCAUGCACUGGUCUGUGGAGGACGUCACAAGCUGGCUACAUGAUGAGGGCCUCGCCGAGCUCACAGAAACUUUCCGCAACAAUCACUUGGAUGGGCAAGAGCUGCUGCUGCUGGAGAAAAAAAGCCUCGGCGCUGAGCUCAACAUAGAGUCGCUCGGGCUGCGGAACAAACUGUGGCGGAAGCUGGAGGAGCUGAGAUCCCUGGAGAAGACAGUCUCAGACACAGAUUGCCCUGAUGAGUUCCUGUGCCCCAUCAGCCGGGAGCUCAUGCACAACCCUGUCAUUGCUGCUGAUGGCUACUCGUACGAGAAGAAGGAAGUGGAGGCCUGGCUGCAUGGCCGCCGGCGCACGAGUCCCAUGACCAACCUGCCACUGGAGUCGGCCAUCCUCAUACCCAACCGAGCAUUGCAGGCGGCCAUUCGGCGCUGGCUGGAGAACCGAGUGCCACCAGCUCAGGCCUGACGAAAUGUCACACUUGCAAACUGCAAGAUGCCACCUUGUUGCUGCCAACACCCGUCGUAUAUGAAUUCCCUUUGAAAGAGAACCACCAACGCAUUACAGGCGACCCCCCCCCCCCCCCACACCUACGACCUAAUUGGGUCCUGGAUGACGGUUGCAAGUCGGAGCCGUCUUAAGUCGAACCCUCGUUUCCCAUAUGCGCAAUGUUACACAUUGGGGUUCAGUUCCUGGAAACCCAUUACCAUAAAAAUACCAAAAUUGACCACGAAAAGAAAUGAAAAUAACCCUAACAAAUAUUUAUUGUAACUUAAUAAAUGUCUGUAAAGGUUAUGUUAAGUAAAACAAACACUUAAGUACUUUACUACAUGUGCAUCACAUUUUUUCUUCUCAGACGUAGCGAAAGGCGAUUUUUUUUUUGAAGACAAAUUACAAAAGUGAAGAGCGUUGCAAAAGAGACGCUGCUGCGUUCGCUCUCGACGCAGCUGCUGACUGUCGGGCUCUCCUGUGUAUACACAUGGCAGAAGAGCAAAGCAGCGACGAGUGCACAUUUCAUGCACACACUCGUCACCAAUCAACUCGGCGUCGGUAGCAGUCAUUCGGUGGUCGUAGAUACGAGUUUUGGUCGUUACUGUGGGGGUCUUAAUUACUGUAAGAAAGGUCGUAAAUGCGGGGGAGGUCGCAAGUUGAGACGUCGUAAGUCGGGGGUCACCUGUAUUUAUAUUUAUCGAAUGUGUUGAGCUGAUGCAGUUUAAUUUCUAGACUUGGUUACAACAAAGGUCCAACUUUGCAUUUGUUGCGUUUUAGCCGUCUACAAGACGUGGUCCGAAAGAGGAAAUAAAGGCGAUGUAGGCUCACUGGCUGGGCACUGCAGCUGUAUGGGAACAAUGAGAUGACUCCUGGGGCAGUGUUGUAGUUGCUUUCUUGGCUAUAUAACUUUACGUGGCUAAAUUAAAUGUGGAAAUAACCCGUCUUUUUAACGAAUUCAUUCAAUAAUUGGUUUCAUGCAUUAAAGCAAAAUAUAUGGCCAAAAUGAUUAUAGCCUAACACCCAAAACUAGUUUUUGCAGAAUGUUUUACAGAAUUAGUAAACAUGUUUUUAUUUCAUUUAUAACUAUUUGUCAUUACACUUUUGGUGCUAAUGACAAAAUCAUCCAGAAUGUGCCGGGUCUUAUCAGGUCUCCGAAGCUAAACAGGCUUAACAGUGGUUGGGGACCAUGCAUAAAACAAGUGGGCUGCAUAUUCCAUGAGGAAUUCAAAUAUUCACACACAAAACUUGCAAUAGUUUUACAUGGGAGUAUUUGACGUGUCCAUUUGCUGUUUGUCUUGUAACUGUGCAUGUACAACCCGAAUCCUAAUUUAGAUGGAAAAGUGGUGUUUAAUAUUAAUGUGGCACUGCACUACUGUACAUCAAAAUAAGCAGUGCUCAAGAAUACCGUAAUGAUACAAAGCUGUAUGUGGAGAUUAUAUUAUUGAAUGUUUUAAAGAAAAUUGUAAAUAUGUAGCUGGUAAUUUAACUGCUUCAAUUCAUUUGGUUAAGUUUAUUUGUGGCUGUAUUGUCAUCAUGUCUGACCCGUGCUGUUCCCCCGUGAUCUGUACUGGUGCCAUGCAUUUACUCUAAAUAUGGCCAAACUGAAGUUUAUAAGCCACGAGGUGGCGGUGUUCCAUGGUGGAAUGAAAUUAACUGACAAGUACUGCCCUCUUUGUCAUUCAUCUGCACAACUGUCUCGGUUUUUCAUUUGAAAAAUCUUGAGUUAACUCGCGUAUACAAACAGGCAUCCAACCGUCUAAAAGGAGGUUGUGGCAGAAAUACCCUCUGCUAUGGGAUCUCUGGCGUUCCUGCCACAUUUUCAGAGACCAUACGACUCCACUGUAAAGAUGUUUUCCUGUUAACUAAAAACCUUGGACGUGGUACGCUUAUGCCGAGCUAUUUAAACGAAGUGUACUUACUGGUCGCAAUGGCAAUCUUGUGCUUUGAAUACGUCCCAUUUGAUGUAACCACGCCUACGGUGCCAUACCAGCUGAAUAAAGUCAAGACAGUAUUA